AUGCAAUUAAUGAGUGCGAUAACCGAUAAGCCAGAGUGGGAAAGAAAGAUUUUCGACUCACACAUUACCGCGAAAUGGACCACUGAGAUCAUGAACAGUGGUAAGGACGUCACUCCCAAGAUGAUGGAGUGGAUCCUGGCCGAGCUCAAGUACAAGGCGAAAGUCUUAAAGGAAACCGGGAACGUCACGGUGUAUGACACAGGAGUCAUUAAGUCCAACACGGCCAUCCCAGCCGAUCUACAGGCCGCGCUGUGUAAAGCUGUCUUGCCUCUUGAGCAGGUCCCGCGGGAGGAGAAAGACUACCACCCCGGUUCUGAAGACAAGGUGGUUAAUCUUGUUCACCCCUCCCUGUACCCGUCGGGACUGGCCGAAACCCUCCCCGUGUCUAAGGAAGAGGAGACCAACUACGCGCCUGAUAGGGAACGAUACUACUGUGAGGGGUUCAAGCCCUACAGUGCGAGGUUUCAGUUGCUGCCCUGCGAUGUGGAUUUCCGAGGAGACGAUGAAUGUCGCAUAGUGUCGUAUAUCAAUAAUCUGCACCCAGAGCGGCAUCGCGAUCUCUACAAGGUCCUUGAGAAAGUAAUAGCCAAGACAAUUCCUUUAUGGGACAAGACCUUGGACGAAGUGGAAGACUCGCCAGAUUACAGGAUUCCAUACAAAGAGGCCGAGUAUCUGCCCUGCUCGGUCCCGGAACCCGAAUAUGAAGAUAACGGUGAAGAUAAUGAUGACGAAUUUCACGAAAGAUAUGAAGAAUGGCUCUCUAGUAGGCCGAUCGGGAAGCCUGAGCCAAUUGGUGACUCUAAGUCAAAGGGCGAGGUGAAAUAUCCCGAUCCUGUCCGACUUCGCCAGCAAUUCCGUGCUCAGGGCCUGCAGGUUAUUGUCAAAUUGGCUAACAUUGAAUUAACCCCUGAUAAGCCACUAUAUGAUGGGGGCUCGUGGCACAUAGAAGGGCAGAUGAACGAGCACAUCUGUGCGACAGGAAUAUAUUACUAUUCCAAUGAGAACAUCACACAAAGCUCCAUCUCAUUCCGACAACGUGCAGAGUUCGACAACUUCAGGGUCCGCUAUGAACAGGAUCAAUUUAAAUUCCUCGAGGUCGUGUACGGCUUCCCAGAAACCCGUGGUAACCAGGAGGGUCCUCUAACACAAGAGUUGGGAAGUGUGACAUGCGAUGAGGGACGUUUGUGGACGUUUCCGAAUAUACUUCAACACCGUGUUAGCCCGUUUGGAUUGGCUGAUAAGACUAAACCGGGCUACCGCAAGAUCUUGGCGUUAUUUUUGGUCGCGCCGCAGAUCCGCACCAUCUCCACGGCUAAUAUUCCACCGCAGACGGCGGACUGGUGGGACGAGAGACAAGGCCAUCGCCGGGAUCUGACGAAGAAACAUGUGGACAAUCUCUUGCCGGUGGAGCUAGACGGCUCACCGAUCACGUUGGAGGAGGCCAAGAAAUACAGGCUCGAGCUCAUGGAGGAGAGAAGUGUCCUAGGGAAGGAGAGGAAUAAGAGGGAUGAAGAACUUAAAGAACACACCGAAGAAAUCACAAUGGCAGUAAUCAAGACAGAAAUCAUCUCCGACGCAAUUUGCCCCUGGUGCUACAUCGGAUAUCGCACCUUGCAAAAGGCAGUUUCCGUGUAUCAAAAGACCUACCCCGGCGGUUCACGCGAUACAAUAGAGGUUUGGUGGAAACCGUAUUUCAUCGACCAAGAACCACCCAAGGAAAGCAUUCUCACACAAGGCAAAAUAGACCGUAUGCUCCGCCGCAUGGACCCGAAAAUGGUAGCGGCGGCCCAGACACGUCUAAAGCGCGUUGGUGCCGAUGCCGGGAUCUGCUUCCGCUUCGAUGGGUAUAUCGGGUCGUCGAGACUAGUGCAUCAGCUCCUGUAUAUGGCUGGGCGGGAAAGUAGUGAGCGCCAGUGUCGAGUUUCCGAACUCCUCUUUCACUAUCAGUUUGAGAAGGGGGCUGAUAUUAGCCAGUUAGAAACGGUGGUUGAGGUUGGGGUCCAGGCUGGAUUGCGUGAAGAUGAUGUUCAGGGCUGGUUGGCGAGUGAUGUAGGAGUGGUGGAGCUUGAAACUGAAGCUAAGCAGGCUAGGGCUGAUGGUGUUAAGGGCGUGCCUCAUUUCGUUAUCGGAGAGAAGUAUCAUUUGGAGGGUGCUGCGGACAUGUCGGAACUUUUUGAGGCGUUUGUGAAGGUUAGAGAGGAGCAGUAG